AUGGCUGCUACAGACAGCCGGCCGACCACGGCGUCCUCAGACGCGAGCGAGCCAGUGCUCGUCUCUCCCCCCCACAGCCCAACGACAAACGAGCGAGCGACAACGACGACGGCUCCAGGGCAGACGACGACUGGCCAGACUGGCUCAGCACCUACUCUCGCACCUAUCGCGACGAACCAGCCGGGCGCAGCGGACGAAGGAGUCGGUCGACCGCUCACUCACGAACCUUCGCCUAUUCCUCCGCCUCACGUCGUCAAGGACACAGCUUCCGAGACGAUCACGACGCUCGACCCUUCUCCUGCGCAGAACACGACGCAUGGACUUGGCAGGCCCGGGAACGAGGAGCUCACGCACUUGAAUGCGCCGCCGGUCAUGGGAGGUGCGGAGGGCGUGGUGGGCGAGGCGUCGGGCCUCAGGCCUGAAUGGAUUGCGAGAGUGAAGAAGGUGAAGGAGCCGGAGGAUGAAGCUACGAGGGAAGUCGGGCCGGAGGGGAGUAGGGGUGGCGCGACUAUCGAGGAUGCGGACGACGGAGACGACGAGGGAGGAGACGUCAGGACUGACAAGGCGUCGGGCCAGUCGAAGUGGCUUAAGAAGGUCAAGGUUGGCGUGGCGAGUAUCAAGGAGAAGGCCAAGGACGUGAGGGACUCGGCGGCGUCGUCUAUCACCUCGUCGUCAACGAGGGACCGCGCCGAUUCCGCCGCGAGUUCGGCGGCCGGUUCGAUCCGUGCGAGGAGUCGCUCAAUUGGAGCCAAAUCGACGGUCGGCUUCGACGUUCCAGACGAUGGCGACGCUCCGCCCCCGGCGCCCAUCAAACCCGUUGUUACCCGCGUCAUUACCGACUUCGAAGGCACGCCCGUCCCGACCGACAUCGGCCCGUCUGGCGGUGGUACGCCCACGACGUCGUUGCGCGACGUACCGGUCGCCAAUAGCCAGGGAGCGGGAUUGGCCCCUCCUCCUGCGGGAGCGAACGCGAGUACGACGACGAGCGUCCGCGACAAGAUCCUUGAGUCGCACGACGUGGAUCCUCGCACGACAAACGAGAAGUUCCACUCGCUCUUCAAGGAGAUCCCGGACGACGAGGAGCUUAUCGAAGACUACCGCUGCGCUCUCCAGCGCGACAUUCUCGUGCAAGGCCGGCUCUUCGUCUCGGAACACUUCCUCUCGUUCCGUGCCAACAUUCUCGGGUGGGAGACCUCCUUGCAAAUCCCCUGGAGCGAGAUCAUCAGCAUCGAGAAGCGUUUCACGGCCAAGAUUGUCCCAAACGCGAUCGAAGUCCGCACGCUCCACGCAACGCACACCUUCGCCUCCUUCCUCUCGCGCGACGCAGCCUACGCCCUCCUCGUCGCUGUCUGGCGACACGUACACCCCGAAGCGGACGAGUACCGCGCAAAAGCCCGUGCGGAGCGGCAGGAGGAACGGAAGCGGCGCAGGGCUUUCACGGUCUCGAGCUUGAGGAGCGCGAAGAGCGCCCCCAACCCGGCUGGGAUGGCUGACCACGACUCGGAUACCGACAACGACGACGGACACGACGAGGACAGCAAGAGCGAGAUCUCGUUCGAAGACGAGCACGGGCACAAGAAGCGCCAUCGGUUCAAGUUGCGGUCGGGGCUUGCGGCGUUGGGGUUCAACAUUGGUCGUGACCGCUCGGCGUCGGUUUCGGCUGGAUCUGCGUCUGCAUCGACUUCGGCAGGACCGACAGAGGCGGAGAAGAUCAAGGCGCAGGCGCAGGCUGCUUCCGCUGGGGUGGACACGCAUGCGCCAACGGAGUACACCGGUCCUGAGUACAAGAACGAGGCGCUCGACACGAUCCUGCCUACGUCGCCCGACAAGGCGUUCAAAUUGUUCUUCCUCGACGCCGACUUCCUGCGCAACUUCAUGACCGAGAAGGAAAACUUGCGAGACGUUGAAAUCGGCGAAUGGCAAGCUCUCGCCGAGGGCGACCUCAAGAAGCGCGAGAUGACCUACGUCAAGCCGCUCAACGCACCGGUCGGCCCGAAGCAGACGCAUUGUGCCAUCACCGACACGAACGAGAAGCUCGACGAGGACUCGUACUUUUCGAAUCUCACGGUCACGAAGACUCCGGACGUCCCCUCCGGCAACGACUUCUCCACCGUGACCCGCUCGGUGUUCACCUGGGCUGAAGGAGGCUGCUGCCGGGUCCGCGUCACGACCGAAGUCGAGUGGACUAAGGUCAACCGCUUCCUCCGCGGUGUCAUCGAGCGCGGCGCAGUCGACGGCCAGAAGAGCUACCACCGCGACCUCGAAACGAUGGUCCGCGACUACAUCGCUGCUCACCCCGACGAGUACGGCGUCGCUGGCGGCGCACCGUCCGCGGCGGAGUCGAAGUCGGCUGCGCCCGAGGUCAAGGCGACGGACACGGCUGCGACGGAGGCAAAGCCUGCUCAGCCCUCUGGCGGCUUCCUCGGCUCGAUCCUCGACUCUCUCCCCGAGAUGUCGCUACCAAUGGUGGCACUCGCCAUCCUCGUCGCCAUCCUCGCCCUUACGAACCUCUUCACCCUCAUAUCCCUCCGCAAACAAGCCGCCAUCGCCCGCUCCGUCCGGAUCGGCCACCCAGGCGAGGUGUCUGCCGCCGUCUCGCGCGUCUUGAGCGAGUUCAACGACCUGCACACCAAGCGGGUUGCGGGCGCGACGGGCGGAGGACUGGCAGGAGAGGUGGAGGAGCUGGGACGAGUCUUGAAGGGGUUGGAAAAGACGCUUCACGGCGUCAUGGGCGACAUGCAUCGCGCUCUGCACUCGGUCAAGGAGGUGGCCGACAGGACGGAGGGGAUCAAGUCGCUCGCUUAG